GCUUAGCACAUGAGGACGAGUCGCAGCAGACGAGGGGUUUUCCUUGGUAAAGCGCUGUAACGAAUGAGAGUUACCAUCAAUGUCCAAUGAGCGUUGCUGGAUAGUAAAACGCUAAUCUGUAACAGUAAAUGUAGGAAAACACCUGGAUAUGUUUUUGUGAAUAUUACCUGCCCCUAGUGAACAAUGCCAGCCCGCCAAGGCCUAUGCUGGUGUCUUGGGGGGAGUCCCCGGCCCCCAGAGAUCAAACAUGGCCUGGCUAUCGCCGCCCCUGUACAGUCCAUUACGCUCGAUAUCCCAAUGCCAACAGAUGAGCACGAGCUGAACACCAAGUUUGAGGAGCUAGUUGCUGAACUGGGGCUAGACAAAGCUCACCGAGAUGCCCUCUACAGCUUGCCCGCGGAGAAGAAGUGGCAGAUAUACUGCAGCAAAAAGAUGGAUGUUGGUACCAGUAAACAGAAUGGAGUGGACUACUACAUAGAAAAAAUGUUUAACAUAAAUUCUAAUCAUGGAGAACUUCCUGAAGAUGGAAUAAAUUCAUCCAUGAAUAUUGUGGAAAAUCUAAAGACAGCUUUAAGAACACAGACGUUAAGCUUUGUCGUGUCUUUUAUUGAAAAGGGAGGCCUUCAAUGCCUCUUGGAUUUUCUCUCUAAAAUGGAGUAUGAAACCUCUGAAGGUCCACUACACACUUCUGUCAUAGGCUGCAUCAAAGCCCUCAUGAAUAAUUCUCAAGGACGAGCACACGUGCUGGCACAUCCCGACUGCAUGAACAUAAUAGCCCAGAGCCUAGCAGUCGAAAAUGUGAAAACCAAAAUUGCAGCCCUUGAAAUUCUCGGUGCCAUAUGCCUUGUACCAGGUGGGCACCGCAAAGUUUUGAAUGCCAUGCUACAUUUCCAGAAAUAUGCGGGGGAGAGAACUCGUUUUCAGCUCCUCAUCUAUGACCUUGACAGAAGUACUGGUAAAUACAAAGAGGAGGUGGCCUUAAAAACAGCUGUUAUGUCAUUCAUUAAUGCUGCUCUAAAGUAUGGAGCUGGGCAGGAUCAUCUUGAAUUUCGAUUACAUCUUCGCUAUGAAUUCCUCAUGUUAGGAAUUGUGCCGAUUAUUAAAAAAAUGCGAGCUCAUGGAAAUACAACUCUUGACAGACAUUUAGAUUUUUUUGAAAUGGUUCGCAAUGAAGAUGAAAAAGAAUUUGCCAAAAGAUUUGAUGGUGUUCACAUAGACUCAAAGAGUGCCACCGCCAUGUUUGAUGUCUUAAGAAAAAAGUUACAUCUCUCUACGGCAUAUCCCAAUUUGCUCUCCAUUUUACAUCACAUGCUCCUUAUUCCAUAUGGCAAGAAUGACGUGUUACAUGUCUGGCCACUUGUGGAUAAAAUUGUCCAACAGAUUGUCCUGCAGCUCAAAAAGGGAGAAGACCCUGACGGUGCUCCUCUAGAGGAGAUCAACAUCAAACAGCUUAUAAGACAACUUGCAAGUGAAACAGACAUCAAAAGUUUCCAAACGAAACUAAGAGAAGCAGAAAAAGCCAGUGAUGAACUGGCUGCUAAACUUGCCAAGAAGGAAAGAGAAUGUGAAGUCAGAUUGGAAGAAAAAGAUGAGCUGAUGUCAACAAUGAACAUGAUGAAGGCCAAGCUAGAGAAGGAAGUUGCUGCCCAUGCUGAAACACGACAACAGUUACAGGACCUGCUCUCCAGAGUUGAGGAAAUUAGAUCACAGCUGGACACGGAAAGGGGGGAGAAGCAAAAGCUGCAGCACCUAGUACAGACAGGCAGCCUACCUGAUGACGCCAAAAUGGGCCUCACCACAGCUGCUUCAUCCAUCAUUUCAAGCCUAGAAUCUAAGAAAAGAGAUAUUCCCUUAUACCCUCCACCCCCACCACCUCCUAACAUGCCUGCUCCCCCUCCGCCACCCCCUGCCCCUGGAGCACCCAUGCCAUCAACUUUUGGCAUGAAUGGAUGUGUAAGCUCGAGUUUAGCUGCAAAGUUCAAAGGUAAUCCCAAACCCAGUGUACCAAUGAAAUCCUUUAACUGGACUAAAAUUGCUGAGAAUCAAGUCUCAGGAACCAUUUGGAAUGAUUUAAACCACUCAAAGGUAUACUCCAUCCUUGACCUUGAGGAUUUUCAAAGAACUUUCUCAGCCUACCAGAAGCCAGUGACAGAGGACGGGGAAGAUGAUUACAAAAACACAAAAUCCAAGACGCAAGUGCUGACUGUGAUUGAUGGUAGGAGAAGUCAAAACUGUACCAUCCUUUUGUCCAAGUUAAAACUGACCAACGAGGAGCUGGCCAAGGCUAUCAUGAAUGUGGAUGAGGGAGAGGAUUUGCCUAAAGACAUGGUGGAGCAGUUAUUAAAGUUUGUUCCUACGGCUGAAGAAAUACAGUUGCUGUCUGAAUAUGCUCAUGAAAUUGAAAACAUGGCACGGGCAGACAGAUUUUUGUUUGAGAUGAGCAAAAUUCUUCAUUACGAGGAGAGAUUAAAAGCACUGUACUUUAAGAAAAAAUUUCAAGAGAGGAAAGUGGAUUGUAAACAAAAAAUUGAUGCUGUGUUUGAAGCCAGUAAAGAGGUGUUUAGGAGCAGGAAACUAAAGAAAGUGCUAGAACUAGUCCUAGCUAUGGGUAACUUCAUGAACAAGGGACAAAGAGGCUCUGCAUUGGGCUUUAAGGUCUCAAGUUUAAGCAAAAUGAUUGAUACAAAGGCAUCGACCAACAAAAAUAUGACUCUCUUACAUUACCUUGUGGAACUUGCAGAUAAAAAGUUUCCAGACUUGAUGAAGCUUGAUGAAGAACUACCUCAUGUUCAUGAUGCAGCUAAGGUCAAUUUCACAGAUCUUGAAAAGGAAAUAACUAAUUUACGGAAGGGCUUACAGAGCAUUGAAAAGGAAGUUGAGUUCUUUGAGAAAAAGUUAAACAUUACUAGCCAGGACAAAUUUGUGAGUGUAAUGAAAGAUUUCUGUACAGUUGCUGCCUACAAUUUUACUUCUGUGGAAGAUUCAUAUAAUGAAAUGAAGCAAAAGUAUGAAACUAUAUUAAAAGCUUUCUGUGAAGACCCAAAACAAGUCCAGCCUGAAGAUUUCUUUGGGACGAUUGAUUCUUUUGUGACUGGAAUGAUAGAUACCAGGCAUGAAAAUGAGAAAUUCAAGAAGCAAAAGGACGAGGAAGAUAAAAGAAAACAACUAGAAGAGCAGCUUAAAAAAGAAAGAGAAAAACGAAUCAUGCUGAGAAGAGGUAGCAAUUUGACAGACAAGAAAGGGUCAGCAAAUACAGCCACUGAAAAUGGGGAUAAAGGUGAAUUUGAUGAUUUGAUAUCAGCCUUGAGAACAGGAGAUGUAUUUGGUGAGGACAUGGCCAAGCUAGCCAAGCGCAACCGCAAACGUGUGACCAAUGCUAGUGACUUUUCCAGAGAACGACAAGGAAGUGUUACAACUUCAUAAAUGUUUAUACAAAAAUACAAUUGUAUGUAAUUUUAUUUCAGUAGCAGGUGCAUAUGCCUUACAAAAGUAUAAAAGUCAUUUUUUUUUUACAGUUGCCAUGGUAGGUCUUGUGUGUCACAUUCCAAUACUGGUAUAGCACAAUUCUUUCCAUCCUAUGCAGACAAAUCAUUUAAGCUUUUAAAAAUACUAACACUUUUUUAACUCAUCAAAAACACUAUCAAUUCACUAGUAGAGAUAUUUUCUCAAAAAUUUGAGUCCUGGAUCAAGUACUUGCUACGUCCCUGAGUUCACCCAGCUCUGUUGGGUAGGCUACCUGAAUCAGGUUAGGAAAAGUAAAAGUGGCUAGACAAUGGUCUGACCAGACUAUCCCUUCAUAUGCCAAGGUCACUGAAACAUGUGAAAUCUACUUCACUUCAUGUUUCUAAUUAAGUUUCUAAAGUGUACUUUUACUAGAAAUAUUGGGAAAUAUGGUCUUCAGUACUUUGUAAUUCACUAAUUUAACCUUUCAACUAGAAGGCAUGUGAGUUUACAAUAGUGGGUAAAUGAACUAUUAAGUUUAAUUUUCCUUUAUUUAUGGAUGAAUUUCAUGAAAGAAUGGAAAACAUUUCUUACUGAAAGUUUGCUGUUCAUAACUGAUAUGUGGAUAAAAUAAUUUAUUGUGCAAUAUUUAUCUUUAUUAUAUUGCAUUUACUUUUUUUUCUGUAUAUUAUUGUGAAUACUAGUAUUUAAACUAUUAGUUUAAGUUUCAAGUACCUUUAUAUAAACUCCUACAAUCUGUUUGCUGUAUAUAAUCCACAAUUUAAAAAAAAGAAAAUCACUUUUAAUUCACUGUAUAAAGAACAAUGACAUACCACAAUGUAAAUUAUUUCAUAUGUGAUCUUCAUGUCAUCCUUUUACAAAUAUAAUUACAAAUUAAAUAUUUUGCUAUGAUUAAAUAGUGAGUUACAGAUCAAAUUUAUUUUCGUUUUAGUCAAUAUUUCAUAGUUACCAAGAUCAAAUUUAUGUUAGUUGUAGUUAAUAUUUUAUAGUUACCAAGAUAAAAUUUAUAUUAGUUGUAGUUAAUAUUUUAUAGUUACCAAGAUCAAAUUUAUAUUUGUUUUAGUCAUAUUUAAUUGUUAUAAAGAUCAAAUUCAUGUUUAGUCUAUAUUUUAUAGUUAACAAGAUCAAUCAUAUGUUAAUUUUAGUAUAUACUUUAUAGUUACAACUGCCUAAAAAAAUAUUUUUUUCAAAAGAACAACUGGCAGCUUUUGAUUUUAUUUAACUAUUAAACUUAUUAUUUUAAUUGAAUAGGUCAGUUAUAAUUUUCAGUCUACUUCAUGGGGCAUAGUUCACAUUACAGUUUUGUUCAGUUAAUGAAGUAAUGUCAAUUAGUUUUUCAUGAACUUUUAUUUAACAAUUCCACUGCAAUGAAAAUAAAAAACAAGAAUUAGCCAGAUCUGCAGGAGCCACCAGUAAAUUGAUUUAAACAUCUGAGCAAUCAAUGCAGUUUCUGUUGUUGACUGAAUACUUCUGUAAUAGCCUUGCAUUUUUUCGUGGUCAAGACAAGUUUGGAAGUUUUUGUCCUAAAAUAAUUGCCAGUGCAUUCAUCCUGAUUUUUGUUCAUAAAAAUUAGUUAUUCAUUUUACAGCAUUGAUCUUCCUGUGUGUAAAGUUUUAUUUGCUGUGUUAUUGUGAUGCAUGAAUCAUUUUAUUUAUUAUUAAUCAAUCCGUGUAAUUUUGCCACAUUAUGUUUUUAUAACUCUGAUAUUUCCUGCUUCUUCACCCAGUUUUUUGUCUUGUUAUUUUGUAAAAUAUUUGUAUUUGUUAAUGUCUCUGUAGACUAUAUUGCAUUGGUCAGUACACAUAUUUUUCUAGUAUCCCAACCUGUUUUACUAAAUAUACUAAAGUAAUAAAAGAAUUCAAAUUAGCAUAAACUUUCUGCAGAUUUAUAUUGUUAACUUUAUUUGUAAGAACUGAUAAAUCUUUUAGAUGACUAAUUUUCAUAUGUUAAAAAAACAUCAGAAUUUACUCAAAUGUAAACUUAUCUAUCCUAAUGAUCAAUUAUUAAUACUCUAAGUAAGUUAGAACAAAGAACUACUUGCCAUUCAGUUAUUUGUAUUUCAUAUCCACACUUGCUUUUAGAACAUGCUAUGUAAAUGUAUACUGUUUAGUGUAUCAAUACUUAUGUACUAAGAUAUUGGUUGUGAAUAUUUUGGCUCAUGUAAUGAGGCUGUGACCUUGUAAAUUAUAUUCAAUGUAACUUAGUGUAUUUGAUAUUUCUGGUUUUUUUAAACUGUCUUAGCACUCUUGAUAAUAUUUUUUUAAAAAUAUUUACUCUGGCACAUUAGAUGGACCAACCAUUUAUAAUUUUUGACUGAUCACUUGAAAAUUGGAGAAACUUCACAUGAGAACUUUGUUUACUAGUUUAAUUUUACAUUUUAAAAAAUAUGAAAAUGUAAUAACAUUUCAUCAAAACAGUUUCAGAAACCAAAUAAGGUAGGAUAGAUUUUAAAACUUAUUUCUCAUCUAUAAUAUAGGCCAAUUAAUUAAGGCCAAAUCUGCCUUGAUAAACCAUGACUUUGGCUCUUUUUUAAGAUUUGGUACAAAAAUGUCCAAUAUUUAACACACAAAUUUAAUAUCAAUAUACUAUUUUGCUUAAAUCAUAAUUAAGAAGAAUUGUGUACUAUUUGUAUAAUACGAUUUUCCUUUCAAUGUCAAUGUUGUCUACUAUGCUUCUUAUGUGUGUUGGCCUUAACUUUAAAUACUAGAACAAUUUAUGGCUGGAAUUGUCUGGUGUCAGGACUCAAUUUUUUAUCGUCAAAAUAAUCUUCUUUUAUAAAGGAGUUUAUCUUUAAUGUGCAAUUACUUUUCUUUUAGUUUUAGAGCAGCAGAAUUAUAAUUAACAAUUUUGUUUUUAAUUUAGAGGGACCUAGCAAUUUUACUAGAAGUUGAAUUAUCCCCCCCCCUCCACCCCUACAUCUACAUAGUAUAACUAAAUCAAAAGUAGAUUUUUGUAAGUGUAACUUUGGCUGUUGUGUGGAGUGUUUUUAGUUUGGCCGAGAGACUUUUGGUACAUUCUUGUGUUUGUUGUAUUGAUUUGUUUGGUGCUGUGACUGCACUAUGCAAGGAAGUUUGCCUUGACUGCAUCAUACAUUAUCAUAUUCAGUCAUCCAUUAGUUGCACUCAUUCAUAUAUUCAGUCAUCCGUUGGUUGCGAUCAUUCAUAUAUUCAGUCAUCCGUUGGUUGCGCCCAUUCGAGAAAUGAGAACAAUUUUCCAACUAUGAUAGUCAAUCUGAAGAUAUUAGAGGUUACAAUUCCUUCUCUCACAAACAUGUCCUGAUGGAGAAUCCCAAACCACCAGACCAAAGUUCAUAAAUGUCAAUGUGUAGAGUAAGGCUUGGUUGAAUGAAUAGAAAUCUGUGUAAAUAGUUUAACUUUUUUCUAGGUUUGAAUGCUUUAUUUAUUAUUAUUUUAAUAUCAGUAUUCUGUUCCUUAACAGCUAUUGAAUUAUUUUUUUUCAACGUGUUACUAGAAUUUAUACACAAUAAAUGUAUU